AUGUCGCUACCUACAUCUGGAAUAUUAGCGCAUUUCACUCUAGGCAUUAAGCCCAUCCCAUUUGGGGGAUGUGUGGCUCAGCUUUAUUUCUAUCACUUUCUGGGAAGUUCUCAGUGUUUCCUAUACACCACAAUGGCCUAUGACAGGUACCUGGCCAUAUGCCAACCCCUGCGUUACCCAGUCCUCAUGUCUGCUAAGCUGAGUACCUUGCUGAUGGCUGGAGCUUGGGUGGCUGGCUCAAUCCAUGGAGCAAUCCAAGCCAUCCUAACCUUCCGUUUGCCCUACUGUGGUCCCAACCAGGUAGAUUACUUCUUCUGUGACAUUCCUGCAGUUCUGAAGCUAGCCUGUGCAGAUACCACAGUCAAUGAGUUGGUGACCUUUGUGGAUAUUGGAGUGGUGGUUGCCAGUUGUUUCUCCCUGAUCCUUCUUUCCUACAUCUAUAUCAUUCGGGCUAUCCUGAGAAUCCGCACAGCUGAUGGGAGGCGAAGGGCCUUCUCAACAUGCGGAGCCCAUGUGACUAUUGUUACUGUAUACUAUGUGCCCUGUGCCUUCAUCUACUUGCGACCUGACAGCCACAGCAUCCUGGAUGGGGCAGCUGCUCUCUUCCCCACAGCCAUCACUCCUUUCCUCAAUCCCCUCAUCUACACUCUGAGGAACCAGGAGGUGAAGUUGGCCUUGAGGAGAAUGAUAGGAGGCCAAAGCACUAAGAGUGAGGUCUGA